AUUUACAUUUGACUAAAAUCGAGUGUGGUUUUUAUAAAUGCAGCCGUGCUUUGCAGAGCAUGGGUUACGCUGAUGGAAAGGACUGGACCAAUGUUUCGUUCGAAACUGGACGGCGGCAGCUUCGUGAAUGGCGUGAGACUAAUGCCAGACGAAGUGAAGAGGUCGUAGAGCUAUGGGAGCAUGUUGUUAGCCGUUCACCAUCGUCUCUUGGUGAUGAAUUGUGGAUAGUUUAUGAACAGGUCUGUGUUGCUGCUUUGGACUGUGCUCGUUUGGAUCUCGCAGGUGAAUGCAUCUCAGCUUUAAAUCAUCGUUUUCCUCGGAGUAAUCGAGUACUCAGGCUGCAGGCCAUGCAUCAUGAAGCAGCUGACCAAUUUGAUACUGCGCUGGCCCUAUAUGAAAGGCUUAUCGAGGAAGAUCCAACCAACAACUCAUUUCGUAAACGGAAGGUAGCUGUUUUGUUAGCGCAAGGAAUGAGAUUGGAAGCUAUACGUGAACUCAAUGACUACCUCAAGAUAUUUCUAAAUGAUUCGGAAGCUUGGCUUCAACUUAGCGAAUUAUUCCUAGUCGAAAGCGAUUUUGCCAAAGCUGCGCAUUGCUUGGAAGAAUGUGUACUUGCUGCGCCCCUAAAUACGCUGCAGCCAAACUUAAUCCUGCUGAUCUGCGUGCUCUGUAUGGCAUCGUCCUGGUCAGUUAUUUAUUCAUCUUGUUGGACCCUUCAUCCACUUUAUGGUGUCGCUGUUAUGCUCGGAUGGCUCGCAUGCAGUAAACAAAGUUUGAUUCCAGACUGGGAAAGGUGCGAAAAAGCUAUAAACCAACUACAGAAACCGAUAACGGUACAGACUGUCUGCAUGCACUUCUAA